UGUCAGACACACAGAGAUGUGUACAAGAGCAUACAACAAGACAUUUCUCCAAACAUACCAGCGAGCUGUGGAUUUAUUUUUCCCAUCUAUGACUCCUGGAAAGGAUAUGUCAAAAUGGAUUUAUGUCAAAAUGGACAUUCAUUGGAUUUAACCAUGUCUGUGCCAUCUGAAGGAAACAGAUACAGUGGAAGGCUGAAGACCUUGGAUAUUCUUUGCAUCAUUCCCCACUUGGUGUACUCUUGUGAUGUCAUCAAGAUGAUGUAUGAGUAAGCUGAUCAUUAUCAAUAUCCAGAAUGGGAUGCUCACCAUCCAAAGGAAACAAUUUGGUGGCUCUGGGCUCUUUGAGGCGGGGAAGAAUGUUGCCCUCUGCACCCGAAGACCAGCCGAGAGAAGCACAUUAUAAAAAUGGAGAUCAUCAUAAGUGUACUGGAGCUACUGAUGGCGACACUAAAGACAAAAAGACAAGUGGACAUAAACAGGUAUUUCAUAAGGAUGUAAAUAUGCCACCCCAAGAAGAUAAAUAUGCAACUGUGCCUGCCCCAGAGGUACUUGACAAGGACAAAUUGAAGAGUCAAAGAAUGGAGAACAGCACAGUGAUGCAGAAAAAAGACAAAACUAGGGUCAAGCAGGAAGACCCGGACAGAAAGUUGGGGAAAAAAACAAGAAGAAGUUCCAGAGGUGUGAAAGUGCUGAAAAAUAAAGAAAAGGAAGUGCCGAAAAUUGAUUUCCCCGAGCCUCUGGUAAAAGCUCAACAAGCUGCUUAUGCUUUUUUAAAUCCCAGCAUAAACAAAUAUGACGUUGUACUUGGUUUGCUGGAACAAGCAACUCAAACUCAAACAUUUCUGCAGCCAAUGGUUUCAUUCAUGGCUUUGCGUUUUGAAGAAAUCAUUCAAGCCCUGGAAGAAAUUGUUGAGGAAGGAGAAAAAAUGCUCAAAGAGAACGGAGAACAUCUUGCUUGGCCAAGUCAAUUGAAAAAACUCUCAUUUGCUGCACCUUUCAAAUCUGGCACAGCUAUUGAACACCCACCUGAUUUGUUGCAGCAGCUGCUUCAAUACACCACACAGAGAAUGCAGAAUGUGAGUCAGACAGUUGGAGGAAUUGGGGACUCUGCCCUGGAAGAGGCGGUGGAAUACUUUGCUUCAGUGUCAGAACUUUUAGAGGAGAAGCUGAGAGUCAAGCGUGUAGUUGAGACAAGGAUAAUGCGACUCACAUCUCGCAUUGAAUUGGCAUCUCUUCGCAAACUUGGGCCUGAGGACUCUGCACUCUUUAGUGAGGAUAGUGGUAUUGGGGCUGAGAGUGAAUCUCUCGCCGGAUCGGAAAAGCACCGUAGGCGUGUGAGUUGUGAAUCUGGAAGCACGAAUAGAAGCGCUCCCUUCAGCCCGAUGGAAUCUACCUCUGUGACAGGAGGGUCGGUGAAAAAGCUUGCAAAUCAAAUAAGUCCAAGUGUUUCCCUCACUUCGUUGAACUCAUUAGCUUCUAUGUGCACAAUGAUGGCCAAUGUGCAGGGGGACUCAUUCCUGGGAUCAGUCUCUUUGGAUGAUGGCGAGGAAGAUGAUGAUGAGAAUUAUAAGAUGGAUGGAGAAACUGGAAAUGGGCAACUCGGGAUGAGAAAACAAUCAAAUUCUUCACUUGUCAAUUGUGAGCAACAGAAGCCACGGCGUUUACCCUCCAAGCGCAUAGAAAAUGCGAAAAAUGUAGAAAUGACGAUCAAAAUGAAAAAUGCUAUAGGUGGCAAAAUGCAGUUUGUUCACCCACCAAGUGCUGGUGCCAAACCAAAAGUAGCAGGUAGUCCAAAAACGGGUAGAGGCCAAUGGACUGAUGAAAAGGGACCGUCUCUAAAGAGAUCUCAAACAACUGCUCGAAGAAGUGGGGUGAAAACAACACCCCUGGCGAAAGAGAGGCGAUCCCGUUCUGCAGAAUUCUUGCGCAGCAAAGGGGAAGACCCUCCUUUGCCUGAACUGGAAAGGUCUCAGAAAAAAAUAAGCCAGAAAUUGCAGAAAAUAAACAAAAGCAAGGAAAUCACAAAGGGAAACACAAAGACGCUAUCAUCUACACAAGACCAGAGAAUUUCACAAGCUGCUUCUCCAAAAAUGAACCCAAGAUGCUCACCUUUGGAGAACGAUGGCAAUCUACGCGAAAGGGUAGCCCCGAUGAAGUGCAUUACCAAAACCUUUGGAUCAACCACUAAUACGGAGGAAGAUGACAAGCAAAAAGAUAAGGACACACAGAAAGGCCUUGUUAAAGCAACACCACCUCCCAGCCCCCCUUUGUCACCAAGACCAUCUUCAGGCCUGUGUAGAGGCAGGAAUUCGGUCAAAAAACUCAUAGAUACCUUCAGUCAAGGGAUAGAAGAGAUGGACAGCCCUAAAGUUCUGGGGCCACUUAGGGGGGUACGGAAGUGUGGUGUUCCAGUGUUACCAGGUUUAGGAAAUGUCACAGCUUUCCUUAGCACUGGGAAGACGAGCUGUAGAUCCCAGAGUACUUCAUCUGAAAAGACUGAUCCUUUAGACCUGGAUAGUCUACCUCCACCCCCAUUAGAAGUUUUAAUGGACAAUUCAUUUGAAAGCAUUGUUUCAGGCAGUGGAGGAGCUGAAGUGGCGAUAAAAUCGGUGAAAUCGCCAAUGGUAAAAAGGGCUAGUCUGUCCCAGCGACUACGAGCAUCAGUUAAAUCUGGACCAGUGUUACCUAGCAAAGGAGGUGUGCCUAAUUGUUCUAAGGGAAUUUUUCCUGGUGACUUUGAUAAUCAAGUCACAGUGACCCAGGCAAAUGUCAGUCAACCAGAUGUUAAAACAGACAUUGACAAUGGAAAAGAAAAAAAAUCCUCUCUGUUGCAGCAAGCCAGAAGAAACAGGUACUUAAAACACUCUUCAGAUACACAUUCAGAGAAAUCUUCAACAAAUUAUGAAGCUGCAUGCCAAUCUGCCAGUCAAGAGGACUCAACAACUCUUCAGGAGAUUGACAACCUCUUAAUGGCUGGAGUAAACACUACAGUCCCUCAAGUGCCUCCCUCAUCUGAAAGCUGUAGUCAUCCACUUGCCACUUCACUGCUGUCUAAGGGGCGAAUUUUGCCAUCUACACCGACUACUUCAAAGUCUUCUCAUAGAAGACUUCCAAGUCCCCACAAUUUUAAAAAGUCACCAACACCGCCAUCUUCAGCCACUCCCCCAGUUAACAGGAACCUCACUACUCCCCCAGAAGGUCAACGAAGCCUCCCCAGUCCACCAGUUUUGCGGCAUAACAUUUUCAACUCUUCAUACCCUUUGAAAGCACCGUCUCCACCCGCUUCCCCAAAAGUGCAACGGUGGUCAAGAGAGAACAGCACGGAGGAAUCUGCUCGGUUGACAAGUAAUGCACGUUCUGUUUUCUGCCCAAUUUCUGCAUCCCUGUUCGAGGCCCAGCCCUUUAUAUCCUCUCAACUGUCUGAAGCCUGGACCGCUGUUGGAGGCCCUCUUCUCUCAAAUAUCUGCGGCAAACGUGGCAGGUCGUCUGCGUCAGUCCGAGGACCGCAACUUUUUAUUCGCCGAAGUCUUUCAGAAAGAAGACCAAGCUUGAAUUUUCCACCUCAAUCCCCAGUCCUCUCAGUGGCUGAGACCUGCGGAAGUGAGCCUGCAAUGUGCACACAGGGACUGGAUGAUGAACCAGCCAGAAAAGAAGAAUCAUGGAGUAGCCAAUCAGACCUCAGGGGAAUGCCACGUUCUGCAUCCCACCCAGAUCUUUACGUUGUUGGACAGGCCUUGCACACAGACUAAAUUGGCCUGUGAAGUGCCAGCAGGAUUAUAGAUUAACAGGUUUUAGAAAGGAUUUAAGAUGUUGCUUCAGUGGAGUGACUAACCUUGCUGCUACUUCGACAAUGUUUGUGUACAUUAUUUGAGCAAAUGCCAUUUAAGCAUGAUGUGCUCUUUCUGUUUGAGCAAAAAUCUACUUCAUCAGCAACUCUUUGAAGUGAGGCUUCUUAUUCAUUUCGCUCAUAAUACAGAAACAUCUUAGAAAUGCAAUGUACAUUCAUUUCCAAUUAAUUUUUUUUAAUGAUUGAAAAUAAUGCUUAAAAUCAUUUUCAUAUACAUAUUCAAAAAGUGUUUUGAUUUUAAUUUUACAAAUCAUCUUGAGUCUUUUGUACUGUGUUUAUCAAUA